AUGUCGUUCCAAGACAAGGCUCAACACCAAAUCUCACAGCUCGAUAAGGAGUUGUCCAAAUAUGACGUUCUCAACAAUUUUGAGAAGCAGGCCGGUGUUCCCAAGGUCUACGUGAUCCUCGCCCUCGGCGGCCUGUACUUCUUCCUCGUCUUCUUCAACCUCGGAGGCGCCUUCCUCGUCAACUUUGCUGGUUUCAUCCUUCCUGGAUACUACUCUCUCGAGGCUUUGUUCAGCGCCAGCAAGACUGACGAUACCCAAUGGUUGACUUACUGGGUGGUCUACGCAUUCCUUAAUGUCUUCGAGAGCCUGAUCAACGCCGUUUACUGGUUCCCUUUCUACUAUACCUUCAAAUUCAUCCUGGUUCUGUGGAUGGCUCUGCCCGUCACCAACGGCGCCCAGAUCAUCUUCCGCUCCGUCAUCCAGCCCGUCUUCUCCCGCUUCUUCUCCAGCACCGGCUCCACUGCCGCCGAUCUGCGGGCCAAGGCGGACGCUGCUGGGAAAAGCCAGUAA